AUGGUCUUUAUUUUCCUUUCGUUUUCCGUUCAAUUUUCCUCCCUUGUAAGCAGGCCAAACAAAAAAGCCUCUUCGUUAUCUGGCUUGAAAAAAGUAAAAGCCGAACCCACUCGGGCACAGAAAAAUAAUUGUUUAAUUUUUUCUCAGUCCUUCAAACAUGUCAUCAUCUUCUUCGCAUCGAUUGUCCUCACCAGCUCCCCUGAUGGUCCCAUUACCGCCUUCGAUGCCGUCUCCGGUGUCUCCUUCCAUCACUUCUCCGGCAGCAGAUCACCUCGCCGUGGCCUUGCCCUCGUUGGCAACUCAUUCAUUGCUGCUUCUCAUAUUUCCCCAGAGACUACUUCAGCCUCUAUUCAUCUCUACAACUGGUGGUCUUCAUCCGUUUUGCAUAAUCUCCUUGUUCCUGAACCCGUUGCGUCCUUGUCAGCUACCCCUGAUGGCUUGUAUUUAUUUGCCGGUGGACUUUCGGGUCGUUUUUAUUUUAUUUCUGUUCCUUCAGGGAAUAUAUUCGCAUCAUACUCUGCACAUAACAAGCCUGUUGCUUGCCUCAAACAAAGUGAAGACGGGUCACUUUUGAUAUCCGGCGGCGAUGAUGUCACUGUUUCUUACGUUCGGAUCUUUCAAAUCGUCGAGGCAUCGCUUGAUACGAGCUCCACCAGUUUGAUGUUGCAGAGAUUUGUUGCGCAUGAUGGCUCGGUCACUGCAAUAGACUCUAGUUUGGCGCAGUGCAACUCUACCAUAAUAUCAUGCUCCUUGGAUUGCACGGUUAAAUUCUGGGGAUUGUUGGAUGGAACAAAGUUGAUAACAGUGGCAUUCCCUUGUCCAAUUAUGGGGAUAGCAUUAGAUCAAAUGAGGGCAGAAUUCUUUGCUGCAGGCUCUGAUGGAUUCAUCUACAAGGGGUUAAUAAAUGUCGGAAGCAAAUUUCAUGUGAAUCAAGGCCAUGAGUGCACCAGAUGGGCACAAAAACAUGAGAGUGGGAUUGUAUCUUUAGUGAUUGCGAGUGAAACGAAGAAUCUGAUAUCGGCUUCUGAAGACGGGAUGGUUUAUAUAUGGAAAACCGAAACAGGCGAGGCCAUUAUGGGACUUGGAAGCCAUAUAGGAAGCAUUAGUGAAAUGGUGGUAGCUAAUGGUAUGGAGCAAGACUUGAAUGUUGGUAAAAAAGUUGACAAUUUCGGUGAUGAAAUAAACAGGGUGGAGCAGAGCAGGCCAUUGAAGGACACUUUGGAGUUAGAAGAUGUGCUGCGGGUGGCCGCAAAGGACCGGAGCCGAGCCAUUGAUAUGCUCGAGUCAGCGAUUUCGACAUAUAAAAAGCUGUUGGAGGUCAUUCUCAAGGAAGCCAAGAAGGGUGUCCUGGUAGCACCACCAACAGUGGAAAACAAGAGCAUAGCCUGUAAUCCGAAACAAAUAUUUCAGAUACUGCCUCUAAACUUUUGUUUCCAAAGGCAAAAUGAAGACAAAUGA